AUGAGCAACAGACCCAAAACCCAAAGAAAACCAACCAUUACCAAGCAUGUUAGCCAAAACCAACAGCCACAGAAAACAGAGAAACAACCUUCGUGGGCAGUGGUAAGAGGCCUAUUGCCUUGUAGAAAUGUCCAAAUCCAACAACAGCACCAGAAGGAAGCAAAAACGCAACCGUUAGCGGAAGCAAAACAACCAGGGAAAAAACAGGAACAGAGAAAGCUGCAAGAGGAACGAGUCCCAGAAGAAAACAGCAAGAACAGCAAGAAGAUGAAAUGUUCAGGCUCGCUUUGUUACAACACCAAGGUGAUGGCAAGGCCUGAAUCGGGAACCCCCGAUAUUCACAAGAAAAGGGUGUCACUGGGUGGAUGCAACAACAACAACAAUAAUGGUUCAAGCAGAUCCAUGAAAGCCCCUCUAAAUGAACUCAAUGGUGUUGUGUCUGCUUCAUCUUCUUCAUUAUCAGCAUCUUCUAGUUCUUCUGCUGGUGGGUCUUUUAGGGGAAUGCCAUUCAGGAGACUCUCCGGUUGUUAUGAGUGUCGAAUGGUGGUAGACCCUGUUCUAGGUCUCACCAGAGACCCUUCUCUAAGGAGCAGCAUUUGUUCUUGCCCUGACUGUGGUGAGAUCAUGAAAGCUGAAAGUUUGGAGCAUCAUCAAGCUGUUAAACAUGCAGUUUCUGAACUGGGUUCAGAAGAUACGAGCAAGAACAUAGUUGAAAUUAUAUUCCACUCGAGCUGGCUAAAGAAGCAAUCUCCAGUGUGCGAGAUCGAACGCAUCCUUAAAGUCCACAACACGCAGAGGACAAUAAGCAAAUUCGAAGAGUACAGAGAUUCCAUCAAAGCCAAAGCCACAAAGCACACGAAGAAACAUCCACGUUGCAUAGCAGAUGGCAACGAGCUACUCAGGUUUCACUGCACUACCUUUGUGUGCUCACUAGGCCUAAACGGAUCCUCCAACCUUUGCAACUCAAUACCACAAUGUAAUGUAUGUAGCAUAAUCAAGCAUGGGUUUAAGGUCACCGGAGGAAAUGGUAUAUUGACGACGGCAACAAGUGGGAAGGCCCACGACAAUGCGGUUGUUUCAGUGGAAGAGAGUAACGACAAGAGGGCAAUGCUGGUUUGUCGGGUGAUAGCAGGCAAGGUGAAGAAGAAUACGGAAGGUGGUGUGGAGGAGUAUGAUUCGGUUGCAGGGCCUGUUGGGGCUUAUUCUAAUUUGGAUGAGUUGUAUGUGUUCAAUCCUCGAGCUAUAUUGCCUUGCUUUGUUGUAAUCUAUAGAGGCUUUUGAUAUGUGUUGGUU